AUGAGCUAAUAAUUAUUCAUGACAUUUUUCUUUAAAAUUUAACAAAGAAAUAAAAAUAUCUAUUUUCUUUUUAUAUUUUUUCAUGUAUUUACGCAUCAGAUAAAAGAUGGAAGAACCAAUCAAAUACCAAUUAGAUUUUUUCAGACCAUGCGCGUUUACUCUGUCAGUAUGAAUUAACCUAAAAAUUGCUAAGACAACGUAAAAGCUGUUUGUAAAAAUUCUGUUUCAUAGAUAAAUGUAUAUUUCUAAUUUAAAAGAUGCUUAAUACUCUAAUUAAUGACUCAUUAGUUUACAAUAAUUUAAACAAAAAUAUUACAUUUCAUUAAUAAAUUUUAGCACAAAAAUAAUCAACAUCUAACUGAUCACAAAACAUUAAAUAAUUCUGUUGAUUUGGAUUAAAUUUGAAAUUAUCAAUUGAUUUCAGAAUAAAAAUCUGUUUUCAAGCUGUUAAUAAAUCUCUUUUGUUAUUUUUAGUAUCAUCAUUUUAGAAAAAUACAAAUUGUUUUAUGACUGCUUCAUAACAGCUAACUCAACAUGUCUAAACGAGUUAGUUUAGAAGAGAAAAGAUCACGUAUGUUACAAAUAUUUUAUGAGAACAAGGAAUUUUUCACUCUUAAAGAGAUAGAAACAAUUGCAUCAAAAGAGAAAGGCAUUGUACUUCAAACUGUAAAAGAUGUUCUUCAAGCUUUAGUAGAUGAUGGCUUGGUAAGAAGUGAUAAAAUAGGAUCAACAAUUUAUUUUUGGGCUUUUCCUGGAGAAAAUAUAACAACUGUAGAGAAUAGAAUUGCUGAUGCAAAUAAAAAAAUUGUCGCAACGGAAUUUAAAUUGCAAAAGUUGAAUGAAGAAAUUAAAAAACUACAGAGUGAAAAAAAUGACACGGUAGAGUUAAGUAAGUUACUUGAAGAAAUAGAACAAUUUAAACAAAAAGAAGUUGAAUUGAAACAGCAAAUAGCUAAGCUUAGUGAUGCUGAUCCGGAAGUAAUAGAAAAUAUGGCUAAAAAAGCAGAGAAUUACAAAGAGGCAGCCAAUAUAUGGACUGACAAUAUUUUCGCUAUACAAAGCUGGUGCAAGAGGAAAUUCGACAUCAAUGAAUCAACACUCAACAAACAGUUUCGAAUUCCAGAUGAUUUAGAUUAUAUCAAUUAAUUAUACUUGUUUAGUAUGUAAUUUAUAAUAUACGAAAUAGUUAUUUUUUUA